UGUCGUGAUGUGUGAGUGAGAAAACAGUACAAAGUGACGAGUGGCAUGGCCACGGCCAAACAGAGUGGUUAGUUAGGUGCUUCGUAUGUGCUGCAUCAGUCAAACCUCAAUACGAACCACUGAUAGUAUUACAUCGUGUCGGACGUCGCUUGACUUCGCUAGUGUCUGUCUGCGCUGUUCUCGUAACGUGUUGAAAUGUGUUCGCACCUGCUUUUGAAAUAACACACAUUGACAGUGAUUCAGAAGAUCUACGUCAUCAGCAUCAAAUGAGUCCAUGAUAUCAUCUACUUCUGUGUAUUAUUAUGGAACUAAUUUUGAAUCCGAAUCAUCGGCUACAUGAAGAAUAACCAGAGGAUUGCAAAUUAAAUGUAAACAUGUCUUAAGCGUUGAUGGUUUAAAAGGCGCUGGUUUACAAAAAUAAGCUUGGUGUUAAUAUAAUUGUAAGUAUUACUUGUACUUUUGUGAAGUGAACUUAAAUUUUUGGAUAAUAAUGUGGACUGUUUAAUGUAUAUGAAAUAUUAAUAAUAAUUUCUUUAAAAGAGAUUGAAAGUUGGACAUGGAAGGUAUUUCAGUGUUCACGUGUGUAGGCAUAUAAGUUUUUCGCUUGGACAACGUGGGAGUGUGACUUUGGGAGAGAGUGAAUAUCAAUCAACUGCUUAUGUCAAGAAUGAACAUGUUAUAAUCGUUUAUUUACAUUCUUUUAGAAGUCCCGUAGUAAAUAUAACGCGCUGUUAAUGUUAGGAAGGCACAAGGCAACUCGAUAUGUGUUGUACGAAGACCAGAUGUUUCCCGAGCAUAACCGUCAACGCAAAUGCACAACUUGUACCUAAAACAAAGCUACUAGUUAAAACUUGCGCAGUUUGAAGCCACUACCACCACCAUCACUGCCACUACGUAUCAUAAAAAGUACCCUUAUAAAAAAACACUCUCCCUCACUGCUUUGCACACCAUCCAGUUCUCAACACAACCAGAAUUCAAAAGACAGAGACAGACACUUUAGUUCCAAGUCUCGCCACUCAGUCUGGUGGUGGCGCCAUACUCGUUACAUUGUCGAAGUAGUCGAGGGUAAUCCAUCAUGGUCGGUGACGUUGCAACGUUCUAAUUGGUCGGAGGGCAAGUCACGUGGUAUGCUAAUUGGGUGACUGUGGGCGGGAACUUUUUUUAGUUGUUGUAGACGUAACGUGGAAUAGGAGGAGAGAUUUUCAACCCGAAAGUAGGGGCGGGGGAGGAGAGAAAAAUCAGCUGUAGGGGGGUUUCUCUUUUUGAUGUGUUGUGGGGGAGGGAGAUGAUGAGAAGGUUGGUGUUUUUUAUGGAGGGACGGGAAGAGACAAAGUUUCUCUUCACUGUACUCAAAAUUCCCAAAAAGUAAGGCACGGUGAAUACCCGACCUCCAGAAGCAGUGAAUUGGGAUCGUUCAGGUGAAUAAGCAAUAAAAAAUCGCGAGUGACACUGUAGUAAAGAGUGAAUAAGGGCAUAAGAGAGAGAAGAUACAAAAAAAAUAUAUUUCGUACCCCACCCUUUCCUCUGCGUGUCGCAACGCCAUUUCUCCUCAGUACUUGAAGAGUAACCUCUCCCUCCCUCCACUGCCAUUACCACCUCCACCACCGGGUUCGGGUCCUCCUCAUCGAAAACGAACUGCACUUCGCUGUUAUACGAAGGAAAACCCAAACCCUGAGAAAAAUUAAUGAUCAUGAGUUCGUUUUUGAUGAACCCGUCUUCAGCUGCCGUGGCAACAUCUUUACCAUCAUCGGCAGUAGUGCCGCAUCCGACAUCGGCUACGUCUUCGUCGUCGUCAUCACCCUCGUCCUCAUCACCGUAUCAUCACCACCACCACCACGCGACGGCUGUUGUCGUAGACCCAAAAUUUCCCCCAAGUGAAGAAUAUAGUCAGAGUAACUACAUACCAUCCGCAGCUGGUGAUUUCUUCAGCACUGGACACCAUCACCAUCACCAUCUGACCCACCAUCACCACCAUCACCAGUAUGGCUAUCACCAUCAGCAUCAGGCGACAGGAACACCUUACGGUGCGCCAACAGCAGCGACAGUUCAACUUAAUGGAGGUUCGGGGGUUGCUGGAAGUUACGGCAGUUAUGGAAACUAUUAUCAUCAUCAGAUACCUCCUCCACCGCAUCCUCACCACAACACAGUUCAUCCACAUCAUCACCCAACAGCAGCGAUGCCGUUACCCCCAGAAGCACAACAACCACCGACGAUCCAGCCACCACCGCCGUGUGGGUUACAGACUCAGCAGCAAUCAGCAGCAACAAUUCUUCCAGGACUCAGUGCUAAUAAUGUUUCUCAGGCAACAAAUAUCCUUGCCAGCAAUGGAAACCUAAGCCCGACGUCUGUGGUGGUUGCGUCGCACCAAGACAGUGAAUCGUCCCCACCGUCCGUCGUUCAUCAUCAGUUAAUCCAACAAAGUCAACAACAGCAACAGCUUCCGUUGCAGGAAUUGGUCCAGCAACAACACAGGUUGGACGUCGAGGAGGACCAAGACGAUUUGGAUGACGAUCAGGUGGAACUCGAUCAGGACGACAGUUCGGAGUCUGGGGAUCGUAUCAUAUAUCCGUGGAUGAAGAAGAUCCACGUCGCUGGAGUAGCGAAUGGGUCAUUCCAGCCGGGCAUGGAACCAAAGCGCCAGAGGACAGCAUAUACCAGGCAUCAGAUACUGGAACUGGAGAAAGAGUUCCACUACAACAGAUACCUGACCAGAAGACGAAGGAUCGAGAUCGCGCACACCCUGGUUCUGUCCGAACGACAGAUUAAAAUUUGGUUCCAGAACAGACGUAUGAAGUGGAAGAAAGAUAACAAGCUACCCAAUACGAAGAACGUUCGUAGGAAGACAAACCCAGCUGGAGUCACCACAACCACGACUAAAAACAACUCCAGCAGCACGAAAAGUAACACAUCUUCGAGAUCGAAAAACAAUGGAGAUAGCAGGAGACGCGCAAAUAAUAACAAUACAAGCAAUCCUAAUCCUAUUGUUACGAACACUGUAGCUACUGACAUAACCAAUCAUCAGCAACAUCACCAAUCCCAUCACCACCAGCAGCACCAUCUGGGAACGCCAUCAAGUAAUAACGUGACUGAUCAGCAACAAUCACACGGUUUAGUUACGACAAUGCAAUCAACAAUGCAUCUAAGUUCGCCGAGUUUGGUUUUAAGUCAGUUGACUCCUUUAACACCGGCUCAAACAUGCGGCCCGGCGCUUCCACCAACCACAAUUAAAUCUGACUAUGGAUUAACGGCGCUAUAAAAACGAUAAAUAAACUACGAAUCUUUUAUAAUAUGACUCAUUCAGUGCAUCAAAUUAAAACUAUGAAUUUUCCUUCCAAGAGAAAAUUGUUACCAAACUAUAGGCGUGGGAAGACGAAUAUAGUUAAGUGCCAAAAAUACUACUAAUUACGCUACGUUUAUUGUAACUGUGAAGGUAAAGUUGUUUCCAUGCUUAAGCGUCAACCGAUGGGGACGUAGGAGGAAAUGGAGGCAAAGAUCCACGCAUUGCUAACUUCGGCAUUUGGUAGAGGUGAGUGGUCACAUCCAGGCUCCAGCAGCUUAUACAUUUUGGAUAAAACGUUUCGUGGGCCUCAGAACCAGUUUGUACGUGGUGGCAAUAUUAACAAUUCCGACUCCUGUUUGGAAUAAAUUUCUACAGAGCCCGUAGCAGUCAUUUUGAUAACUGAGCUAUCCCGUUGUUCUAUAAAUGUGAAAACCUGCCUCAUAUUCCAUAGCAUUGACUGUUUAUUUGAACGUAAUUCUGAUAGCAUGCCAUUAUCAAUCAUAUAUACCUGCCGAAAACCCGACAAGUUUCGAGCUAACGUUUGUUUGAACACUGAAGUUGAAACGAGGUCUUCAAAAUGUACAUACGUAAGUGAGUAACUUUUUAAAUUUUAGAUCCUGUUUUAAGUUCUUAUAGAGCUACAACAAAGGACUGCCACCUGCUGAUAGGCUCUGUGGCCUACGAAUGUGAAAUUAGUCGAAAAUGCAUUCGACACUGUGAAUAAUAUUGAAUAGAAUUUCAGGUUUCACGACGAUGAGUCCGAAGAUGGUUGUUUUCUGGGUUGUAUAGACAAUACGGCGCUACAACCUAGGAGAAAGCCAUCAUUAAAAAAUACUGCUUCAUUACAGCUAUCUAUAUGAUUCAAAAUAGCGACACGUGUCAAGUAAAUAAUUUUAUGUGUGGACUCGCGAAUUAUGACUUCAGCAUUAUUUACGUUUUUAAAAUAUGCUCUUCCAUUAUAUAAGUUUCUAUUGCGUGUACCAAAUUAAUUUUAUUUGUCAACAAAAUAUUCAGUUCUUAAUGAAAUGUGAUUUCUUCUGAUUGAGUAACGAAGUUUUGGUAAGGAAAUGGGCAUCGUUUAAAUUAAAGGUGCAAUUUUUAAAUUAAUUUUAAGCAGCUUUAAUACUGGUACUUAGCUGUGUCGAAUUUCCACAAUUUACUCUGAAUAACGCUUCUUACAUGCAUUAAAACUAAAUUACAGUUUGACGAAACAUGUUUUUCCUUUUCAUUAUAUGUACCUUAAUUCGAUAAACUGGAAGAUUUUUAUUUAUACUAAAACAAUUCAGGAUAUAACCUAAUUGUUAUUGAAAGCACUCCAUACGAUACCACUGUACAUACUUUAGUAAACUGUUAUCAUCAUGACUCAUCAGUUCAGUUCAAUCUAUUACGUUUUUAUGCAUCAUUAUUUGUCGUAACAGUUGAUAAAAUAAACAUGAAUCAAACAUGCUUUAGGGUUUUGUGUUUUAUUAACUGUACAACUACGGAAUUAAAACGACUAUAGUUUUUGAAAUAAAAUCGAAUUAAUCCCAAAAUUUAAACCAAAUUUUGCUCAAGAAUAAAAAAAAAGUACUACUAUUAUAUAAAAUAUAAUUCCACCUCUGUUAGCAGUUACAUACAUUAAAAAAUCCUCUAACACAAAAAAUAUAAUCACAAUAAAAUAUUUUAAUAUGAAUUGAUAUUAUAAGCACCAAUUUUCGAUUAGCCAACACCCUUCGCCUGAUUUAAUUGCGUCCGUAUUAAGCUGUGAAACAAGUGUGUCACAUAACCACUUGUAUAUAAUAAAAUUAUUAAAGUCUAUUUGAAAAAGCUUUAGAGUUUAGAAUGUUUAGACACAUAAAUCAAACAUUAAUAAUACUUAAAAGAAAGUUCCUUGUACCAACAUCCAUUCAUCAAUCACCCGUAUAUGCAUAGCUUAUAUUUAUACAUACACACAUAUAUGUGUCACCAUACAUAAACAAAAGUAUACAAACUUGCUGGUACCAAAAUUCAAAAGAAAUGGGAACUCUGGGAGAUAAAAUUCACAUAAAAGGAAAUAGCACUACCUAUUUAAUAACCUCGAGGACAUGAUACCAAUAAGAGUGUGAUAGAAUUAAAAUCAAAGAGCAAAAUAAAACGAAGUUUCUUGCAUUGACGUGUAAGAAAAUAUUCUGGACUAAGACAUAUAUAUGCAGUUCAUAUCUAGCUGUUCGUACUUUACUGUUAUAAGAUUUUAUUUUUAAUCAGAAUUACAAAUAGACCUUUUACUUUGUACAUGGAAUUAAAAAAUUAAAGUAAAAUACAACAAUUUUUGAAGCUUUAGGAUCUUUCACACCAAAAAUUAAACGCCAAACGCAUCUGAUGGAUAAAAUAUCAACUACAGUAUGUGUAAUUUUGCUAUUUGAGCUUGUCUAUAAACAUUAAAAAUAUAUAAAAACUGAAAUGGGAAAAUAAAAACUUUUCAAUGCCUGUUUUUGGCAAUGAUUUUAAAAAGUUAAGUGCAAUUAAAAAUUUUAAAAUGCCAAGAACGAUUAAAAAAGGACACUUUUAAAAUGAUAUAAAAAUGUAAACACUGAAAAAUGAAGCUCGAAAUAUUUCUUUUUGUUGUCUGUUAACUUUCUACUUGAAGGAACAAAUUUCAUGCACUGUGGGCACACAAAAUUUAAGUGCAGUUUUAGGUAAUUUGGUGGCGAAUUAUGCACGCUAAUUAGCAAUUUGCGUAUCAAAUAAGGAUAAAACAGCUUAAUCAGUUAUAGUAACAUAAUUACGACAUAAAAUAUGCUGAAAAUAAUAUACCGAGUGAUAAAAACAAGUGUCGGCAAUGUAAGUGAUGCAUAAAUUAUUGAGGAAUACUUUCGAGGAAAAACUAUAUGUAAUUUGUGAUAUUUCAGGGGAAAAAACGUUUUAUCGACGUUCGCACUUCAUCAGAGAUCUGCCUUCUUAAACACAAUUACUCUGUUGCACUGAACAAUUUAUCGUUGACCAUAUAUAGGAUUGCAAUCAAAAUGUGGUUAUUGUUACAUAUGGAAAAAUUACAUGCCAUGUAGAAUUUUGGUGCAUACACCUUAGUGUAAAUUAUAAAGUGAUAUAAAUGAAAAAGUCAAAAUUAAUCAAGGCUCCGUACUGUUUCGUGUAACACAAAUAAAAUAUAAUGGAUUAGUUGACACCGAAAUUGAUCUAAAAUUAAUUUCUUUUGUUUUUAUUGGUACUAAAGCGAUGUACGAAUUUUAGAUUUCUUUUAUUUGAGCUAUCGAUAGCUAUAGUUAAUUUAUAUAACAAACUGGGCAUGUCACAGUGGUAUCUAAUAAUGGAAUAAAUACGAAUAUAAAUAAUUCUGUACUCAUAUGUGUUGAAAUAACGACAACCAACAUAAUCAAAAUAACAUCCAAAAAUUUGUCAAUUAUUUCUAUCGUAAAACAUCGUUGUUUGUUGUUUUGUUGCUGAUUGAAAUCACUGACUGCUAAUUUAUCUUUUGCUUGUGUUUUCGCUUUUAAGUGGCGAAAUUUAACUGCAAGAAUUUGCAAAAUAGUCAUGAAUAAUGUGUAUCAUAAUUAAGUCAAAUAGUUUUGUGUUAUGUUUUCUUUUGUUCCAAAGUGUGUUUAUUAUUAUUAUUAAUUAUUAUUAAUACAUAAUGUCCAGUUUAUUUUGAUCAAACAGUGAUGUGCCACAUUAGUUUUGUAAGAAAUGAGAUGCAGCGUACUGAGAUUUGCGUUGCCCGAAGUGAUCGAUAAUGUGUAUCAAGAAAGGAAUAAGAAUUCAAAUUUUUGAAUUUAAAACCUGCUAAAUAUAAUUGGAUCGGUUCUAAUUAUGACAACUGACGAUAAAAUGUCCCUUUAAGAUCAUGCAUUUCCAUUUUUAAGUGACUGUCUUCAAAAUAAUGACAGAAUACAGAUACUAAUGCUUUGGUUUAUGAAAUGCAAUGAUAUUGUUUUUAAAAACUGAAUUAUUUAAAGUUGUUUAGUCAAAGAAACGGAAAAAAGAUUAGAGACACGUGCCCUGACACUAGGGUUUGUAAAUUCAAGAUAUUAUUGAGUUUUGAAUAAAAGAUAUAUUUGUCUUCGAAUUUAAGGAGAAAUUGGCGCAUUCAAAAUUUUACAUGAAAUAUUAAGCCAAUUUUCUAUUUUGUAAAUAACGAAUUGCAAAUUAAUUCAAAUAAUGGUAUUCAUAUUAGGACCGAAACCAUGAAGGCAAACAUUUUAUUGUUUGUAUAAUCAAGUUCAAAACCAAACUCAGGGUGAAUUUUAGUUUUAAAAGACAUGAAUAUUGAUGAACUACUGAUUAUAUUACGAUGUAAACAAAAUGAUUUGUCGUGUCUUAAGUUUAAGUCUACUGCAGACAGUUUGAAGGAAAGGAAGGUGAUGAAACAUGUGUGUGGAAUUUGCUCGUGGUAUGUUUAUUAUGAUAUACAGAGAGUGAGUGUGAAUAAAUGUCGCAUUAAUAUACAUAUGGCAGUAAAAUAAAGAAAUAAAUAACUGCUCA